AUGGUACACCUUGUGGCUGUACCAGAGACAAUCACGGCAAGUGGCUGUGCUUGUGCCUUUAUUGACACCAUCUUCCGACUUCAUGGGUUGCCCCGUGAGCUCGUAUCAGACAGAGAUCCACGAUUCACUGCUGAUUUCUGGCGUUCCGUGUUCAAAUCACUCGGAACGCGCUUGAAGAUGUCAACAUCUGAUCAUCCAGAGUCAGAUGGUCAGACGGAACGUGACAAUCGUGUCCUUGAAGAGAUACUUCGACGAAACGUACGCUCCUUUAAGAGUUGGAGUGAGUUUUUGCCGAUGGUAGAGUUUGCCAUUAACAACUCGGUGCAUGCGUCCACGACACAUACACCGUUUUACGUGAAUGGCUUGCGCCAUCCGCGUGUACCCACCUUACUAGAGCGUAACUCUGGUUUAAGGGGGGGAGGGACUCGCGCGAGCAAAAACCGAUUUGGUUCACGCUCAUCACGCUCUGACGAGGAAGUCAUUGCGUUUGAUGCCGAUAUUGAUAACACCGAUAUCGAAGAAUAUGAUGCCAGUGAGAGUGCGGAGCCCUCACUGAAGAAGAUGAUCCCAGUGAGAGUGCGGAAGCCCUCACUGAAGAAAAGGUUGAUGUUGCUGCAGUGCGCUCACAGCACACUGAAGCUAACGAGUCAUCAGAUGAGUUCAUACUGGCUCGUGAAACGGUAG